GAAAUAAACCAAAUCUUGCACCAUCUUUUACUUAAGAAUCAGCUGAUCAGACUGGCCCUUUAAAAAAUCCAAAAUAUCGCCUGUUUUCAUCUAUCUGGGCUUCUUACAAUCAACUUAACAGGACAAGACAGGACAAGACAAGAACAAAAAUGGCAUCCUAUUUUGAUGAGCACAACUGUCAGCCUCUCGGUCCAGGCCAGACACCAGACCACUUCCUGCACCUGGCACGCCUCCUCCUGCACACGGGAUACUGGCAGGACCUUCAGCUGGAGUUCUCGCACCUGUCGGGAUUGGGAGAGAGGCCGCCCCCACCUGCCUCCAAGGAUGUGGUGGAAAACUUACCCACAGUCACAGGGCACAAGAAGGGAACCCAGUGUGCCAUAUGCCUGAAGGAGUGGCUGCAGGAGGAGGAAGGGAGACAACUGCCCUGUUCUCACACCUUCCACUCAACCUGCAUUCUCCCCUGGCUGGCCAACACUAACUCCUGCCCAAUGUGUCGCCAUGAGCUGCCCACAGAUGAUGAGGAUUAUGAGGAGAUGAGACGACAAAAGAAACGAGCUAAGGACAGGGAAGCAGAUCUUGAGGUUCUUCACAACUCUAUGUUCUCUUAGCAAACCAGAGAGAGAGAGAGAGAGAGAGAGAGAGAGAGAGAGAGAGCAUAUAAAUAAAAUCGAUUUUUGUGU